GCCAUCCCUCCAUCUCUUCUGUGUAUCUGUGAGCUGAGAAACAACCAUGAAGCUGAAGCUGAAGCUGCCGAACCCGGGUCUGGAGCAGCGGAUCCCGUCUCACAGUGAGCUGGAGAAGCUGGAGCUGCAGGAGGCUGGAGAGCGGCCCAAGUGGGACAACAAAGCCCAGUACAUGCUCACCUGUGUGGGCUUCUGUGUGGGGCUCGGGAACGUCUGGAGGUUUCCUUACCUGUGCCAGAGCCAUGGAGGAGGAGCGUUUAUGAUCCCGUUCCUGAUCCUGCUCGUCCUGGAGGGAAUCCCGCUCCUGCAUCUGGAGUUCGCCAUCGGCCAGAGAUUGAGGAGGGGUAGUGUCGGCGUCUGGAGGUCCAUCAACCCAUAUCUGCUGGGAGUCGGUAUCGCCUCUAUGCUGGUGUCCUUCAUCGUGGGCAUGUACUAUAACACCAUCAUCGCCUGGGUCAUGUGGUACUUCUUCAACUCUUUCCAAGACCCUUUACCCUGGAGCCAGUGUCCUAUUAAUGGCAGCAGGACAGGGUUUGUGUCGGAGUGUGAGCGCAGCUCUCCAGUGGAUUAUUUCUGGUACAGGAAGACUCUGAACACGACGCCGCACAUCGAGGACUCUGGCGGUCUGCAGUGGUGGAUGGUGCUCAGUCUGCUGUGUGCCUGGACGGUGCUGUGGGUUUGCUGCAUCAGAGGAAUCGAGACCACCGGGAAGGCAGUGUACAUCACCUCCACCCUGCCCUAUCUAGUGCUCACUAUCUUCCUGAUCAGAGGACUGACGCUCAAAGGUUCUGUCAGCGGCAUCAAGUUCCUCUUCACUCCCGAUGUGAAUGAGCUCCUGGAUCCGCAAACAUGGCUGGAUGCAGGAGCGCAGGUCUUCUUCUCCUUCUCUCUGGCGUUUGGAGGACUGAUCGCCUUCUCCAGCUACAACUCUGUGCAUAAUAACUGCGAGCAGGACGCCGUCAUCAUCUCUAUAAUCAACGGCAUGACAUCGAUUUACGCCGCCAUCGUCAUUUACUCCAUCAUUGGUUUCAGAGCCACCGAGAGGUUUGACGACUGUCUCAAUGGGAAUAUUCUGUCUCUGCUGAACGCGUUUGACCUGCCGGAGGGAAGCAUCAUUGAGGGUAACUACACUGAGGCUAUUCAGCAGCUCAACAUCAGCAGACCAGACAUCAUUCAGGAGCUGCAGCUGAAAACCUGCGACAUGCAGACGUUUCUGAGCCAGGGUGUUGAGGGAACGGGUCUGGCGUUUAUCGUCUUCACUGAGGCCAUCACUAAGAUGCCGGUGUCUCCUCUGUGGUCAGUGCUGUUCUUCAUCAUGCUCUUCUGCCUCGGGUUGUCCACCAUGUUCGGCAGUAUUGAAGGUGUUGUGGUGCCGCUGCAGGAUCUCGAUAUCCUCCCAAAAAAUUGGCCAAAGGAGGCAUAUACAGCUUUGGUGUGUGUGGUGUCUUUCGCUUUCGCCAUUAUAUUCGCUCAGGGCUCAGGGGAAUAUUGGCUCGCUCUGUUCGAUGGCUUUGCCGUAUCCAUUCCUCUGCUGAUCAUCGCCUUCUGCGAGAUGAUGGCUGUAUCGUACGUUUACGGCAUUGACAGAUUCAAUGAUGACAUCAAGUUCAUGAUCGGCCACAAGCCCAACAUCUUCUGGCAGGCCACCUGGAGACUCAUCAGUCCUCUGAUAGUGCUGGUCAUCUUCCUCUUCUACUUCGUCACCACCGUCAGCAAAAAACUGACAUACAUCGCCUGGGACCCGGAGUCUGAGAACUUCCCGACCCUGUCCGUGCUGCCGUACCCAGGCUGGAUUUCUGCCAUCAUCUUCAUUCUGGCCGGUAUUCCAGUGUUGGUCAUUCCCACAGUAGCGCUGGUCAGACUCAUCAGGAACCGCUGCUGCAAGAAAGAGGAAACACACGCCACAGAGACACCAUACUCCAUCUCUGAUAGAGUACAGAUGAUGGAGGAGACGGAGCAAAACAACCCCAUCAGCACUGCAUUACACUGACACACACACACACACACACACACACCGCAGAAACACCACAACCCAUCUCUGACAGGUUACAAAUGAUGGAGGACAACAACCCCACCACCCCAGAACUCCACUUUCACACACACACACACACACACACACACACCACCAUACUCCAUCUCUGACAGGAUACAGAUGAUGGAGACAGAGCAAAACAACCCCACACUCCACUGACACACACGCACACACACACACACACACACACACACACACACACACACACACACACACACACA